AUGGUUGCUAGACAUGGUCCAGGAUUUAAGCCACCUACUUAUCAUGAAGUACAAGUGAAAUAUUUAAAGAAAGAGGUGGAACUAACACACGAGUUGUUAAGAGAUUUUAAGAUAGAAUGGAGAAAAACAAGUUUCUCAAUUAUGUCAGAUGCGGAUAAGAUAUUUCAAAUGUUAGAUGCAAUUGUAGAAGAAGUUGGAGAAGAGAAUGUUGUUCAAAUAGUUAGUGACAAUGCUGCUAAUUACAAAUUAGCUGGUGAAUUGUUUAUGGAAAAAAGAAAAAGUUUAUAUUGGACUCCUUGUGCUGCCCAUUGUAUUGAUCUCAUGUUAGAAGAUUUUGAGAAAAAAAUACAUGUUCAUACCUUGACAAUUCAGAGUGCCAAAAGCAUAAUAAGUUCAAGAAAUUGGAAAUCAAGUUCAUUCUCGAAUACGGUUGAUGGGAAGAAAAUUGAGGAAAUGGUUAUUGGUAGUCGAUUAUGGUCAAAUACAAUUACAUGUCUCAAAGCUGCGAGACCUCUAAUUAAAGUACUUAGAAUGGCGGAUUCAGAUGUUAAGCCUGCCAUGGGUUUUAUUUAUGAACAAAUUGAUGAAGCUAAAGAAAAGAUUAGAGUCAACUUCAACAAUAUAAAGAGAAAUUAUGAACUUAUUUGGAAGAUCAUUGAUGAACGAUGGGCAAUUCAACUCCACAAACCCUUACAUGAUGCUGGUUAUUAUCUAAAUCCUCAAUAUCAUUAUAGUUGUGAUUUUAAAUCUAAUUUCCAGAUUAAAAAGGGUUUAUAUAGUUGUAUUGAAAGGAUGAUAACCGAUGAAAAUAUGAUAAGUAAGAUAGAUAGCCAGCUUGAAUCAUAUAAAAAUGCAAGAGGAUUAUUUGGUUCUAAAUUUACAAAAUUGGCAAUAAGCACAAAGUCUCCAGCUGAAUGGUGGGAUUCUUAUGGUGAUGAAUGUCCAGAGCUACAAAUGUUUGCUAUUAGAAUACUUAGUCUUACUUGCAGUUCAUCUGGAUGUGAACGGAAUUGGAGUGCAUUUGAAAUGGUGCAUACAAAGCGUAGGAAUUGUCUACAUCAACAAAAAUGA